UUGAAUUCAAAGAGAAGACUAGAAAUAAACAACAAGUUUCUUUGAGUAAGAAGUGACAAUGCAGCGAAGGCAAAGAGGAAUCAGUGCGGGUUUGCUUUUGCUGUUCUAUGAAAUUUCUCGAGUUGGAUUUCAGAACAUUCCUCCUGUUACACUUGGGACACUUGCACUGAAUGUUAUUCUCUUUUUGAAUCCCCUGGGUCCACUGUCUGAAGUGUGCAUCAGUGUAAAUGAAAGCUUCUACAGAAAAAAUUGGUGGCGUUUGCUGCUUUCUCCUGUCCACCAUGCAGAUGACUGGCAUUUAUAUUUUAACAUGGUUUCCAUGCUUUGGAAAGGGAUAAUGUUGGAAAGAAAGCUUGGAAGCGCUUGGCUUGCAUAUAUAAUUGCAGUAUUCUCAGUGCUCAUUGGAGUUGUUUAUAUGGUUUUGGAAUAUGCACUUGCAGAACUACUGGAUGACCCUACAUAUAAAAUGAUUUGUGCUGUGGGUUUUUCAGGAGUCUUGUUUGCUCUCAAAGUUCUUAACAACCAUUACAAUCCAGGAAGAUUCAGCAGUGUCCUUGGAAUGCAGAUAUCUAAUAAAUAUGCUUGCUGGGUGGAGCUGGUGGCAAUUCAUUUAAUUUCCCCAGGGACUUCCUUUGCUGGGCAUUUGGCAGGGAUUCUUGUUGGACUGAUGUAUACCAUGGGACCUCUGAAAAAGAUCAUGAAAGCCUGUGCAGGUGUUUUUUCUUCAUCCACCUACCCUACUCGUCAGAGAGACCACUAUUCGCUUGUUUAUUCCAAUUUUACAGAGUAUUACAAUCAUCCAGGUUAUGAGUACGGCACACCGAGGAACUAUGAUGUUUAUACAGGUGGACUUACUGAAGAGGAGCAGCUUGAAAGGGCAGUGCUAAACAGUCUUAAUGAAAGAGAUUUUGGUGGAUCAACACAUAACGUGCGGCGACCCUAUGGAUUUUGGCUUCCAUCUGAGCAGCUUUCAGAAGAGGAAAUGAGAAGGCAAAGGCUUCGUAGGUUUGAGAGACGGUGAAAUUAGCAGGUGUUGAUGAAAAUUCCAAAGUGCCCUUCAGAAUUACCAAAAUAUUUAUAGGAUUAUU